GGCAGUGCCUGGGUGGGCUGGGUGACCCCCCACUUCCACCAGCACGACCCCGAGUUCGAGCUGUCGCGGGUCCGCAGCGUCACCGUCACCAUGGGCGACGACAGGGGCAACGUGCACGACAGCAUCAAACGCAGCAACUGGGCCCCUGCCUGGGGGGGGGGGGGAGUUCACGGCCCCCCAGCAGCAGGCGAGGGUCUCCCACACCGACCUGGUCAUCGGCUGCCUGGUGGACUUGGCCACGGGGCUCAUGACCUUCACGGCCAACGGCAAGGAGAUCAACACCUUCUUCCAGGUGGAGCCCAACACGAAGCUGUUCCCGGCCGUGUUCGUGCUGCCCACCACCCAAAACGUGCUCCAGUUCGAGCUGGGCAAGCUCAAGAACAUCAUGCCCAUCUCGGCCGCCAUGUUCAGCAGCGAGAGGCAGAACCCGUCCCCCCAGUGCCCCCCCCGGCUGGUGAUCCAGCACCUGACCCCCGUCACCUGGAGCCGGAUGCCCACCGAGUACCUGGGCGUGGAGAGCGCCCGGCUGGGCGAGCGCCAGGGCUGGGCCGUCGAGUGCUCCCAGCCCCUGCAGAUGAUGGCCCUGCACAUCCCCGAGGAGGACAGGUGCAUCGACAUCCUGGAGCUGUGGGAGCGGGAGGAGCUGCUGCAGUUCCAGUGCCACACUCUGCGCCUGUACUGCGCCGUGUGCGCGCUGGGCAACAACCGCGUGGCUCACGCGCUCUGCAGCCACGUGGACCAGGCCCAGCUGCUCUUCGCCAUCGAGAGCCCGGAGCUGCCGGGGCCGCUGCGGGCCGGCUACUACGACCUGCUGCUGGCCAUGCACCUGGAGGCCGCGCAGCGCGCCCGCGCCUCCAUGAGCGCCGAGUUCAUCGUGCCCAUCACCGACGCCACGCGCGCCAUCGCCCUGUUCCCGGGGGGGGGGGACCGGGUGCCGGGACCCCCGGGCGUGGGGCCCAGCGCCUGCCUGCGGCCCCAGCCCCACUUCUCGGAGCCCUGCUUCGUGCGGGCGGGCGGCGCCGGGCGGGCCCCGCUGAGCCCGGCCGUGCCCCUGGGCGAGCUGGGCGCCAAGGCCAUGCGCAUGCUGGCCGAGGCCGUGGCCGGGGGCGGCCCCCACGCCCGGGACCCCGUCGGGGGGAGCGUCGAGUUCCAGCUCCCCUGGGGGACGACGACGUCAGGAGGGUCCUGGCCAUGA